AUGUGGAGUAUUGUUUGUUUUGAAAUCGGUAACUCUGUAGAUUUUAUUCCAAACUUUUGGAUGCACAAAGGUGUCUGUGCUUGGCCAAAAAAAAUAGCUAAUGUGCGUAGCUACAUUGAAAAACGAGUUGACCCGGCUGAUAAACCAGAUGCUUUUAGUUUCUAUAAUGCACGCCUAAUAUAUCAAGAUAUUGCUGAAAUUGAUGAAGCUCGAUUAAAAGCAAGAAAAGCCCAAGUUACUUCGGAUUUAUCAUCUCACACAGAUAAUGAAAAUAUUAUUGAAAAUAAAAAUCAUACAUCAACACAUCAAAAACGUUAUUUAAAUUCAAAAAAUUCUAAGCCACCAAGUCCGCCUUUAUUUAAUAUGAGUGGUGAUGAAUUUGAUGGAGAUGAUUCAGAUGUGGAUAAAACAUACAAACCAAAACCGAAAAAAAAAUUAUUUGAAGACUUAAGGUCAAUUUUCACUGCUCCGUGCCGGGUCCGUGUCAGUUUUUGGCACGUCCGGGUCAACCCGGUCAGAUAUUCACACUAUCCAGUGCCCCGUCCGGGUAAAUAA